AGACAGAACGAGCGUGGAGGUCCACUGAGCAACAUCCUUUUGCACGCUCGAAUUUUUGAAAUUAUUAAUCGACAAGUGGUGUAUGUGUUGCGGCAUCAGCCCUUUUUUUAUAAUUAAAUUUAAAUAUAUUAAACAUUUUUUAAAAUAAAAAUUAUCAUUAAUAAAAUUAUAAUCAAUUUUUAUAAAUAUCAUAUCAAUUUUUAAAUUAAUAAACAUUAAUAAACAAAUACACGUGGUGAUUUAAAAUUAAUUAGAAAAAAAAAAAAACUAUAAACAAAUAAAUAAACAGUGAAUAAUAAAUUUUUUACAAGUGAAAAAUAUACUGUGUGAAUAAUAAUAACAAUAAAAAGGUGAGAAGGGUAUAUAUCUAUAUAAAAAAAAAGAACAAAUAUUUCAAAUAAAAUAAAAAAAGGAGUAAAAGGAUCAGGUUAAAGGUUCGAUGUGUGAUUGCACUCGAUUAACGCUUUCUACGCCGAAUCCUGAAACGAAUCGCGUUCAUCGAUCGCAAAUGUAAAGGAAGGCGGUAGACCGGCUUGUGUGUUGUACCGAGAGUAUAGAGGAGUUGUAGGUCCUUUCACCCUCAUUUUAACCACCCACUUUAACUAACCCAUCCGCGAUCUACCAGUCACCCAAUACCACCCCCUCGCUAAAAAACAACGAUCAUAUAUUUCUGUCUUUCUCGUGUCCAUUUAUCCUCCUUCCAAGUUCCACCUUGUUACCCUGUACUCUUCCUCAAUUCCCUCACUCACUCACUCACUCUUAUAUUUAUAAAUCUUUUUUCAAAUCACCCUACUGUGCAUAUAUAUAUAUGUACAUUAAUUACGCUUAUAUUUUUGUACAUGCAAUAUAAAAAUUAGCUGCAGUAGUGCAAGUCAAUGUACAUGGUCAGACUAUUUUUUUUCAUUUUGAUACUGUUGAUUCAACUUGUGUGAGUGCAUCUUGAUAUUACUCAGAGGGAUGAUGAUGAUGAUGAUGCUGAGUGUAGCGUUGUGUUGACCCUGUAUACACUGGACAAUAAAAACGAGUGGGGUCAACGAGCCAAUGAACCAUCCAACCAAUAUUAUCAUACAUAAUAUAUUCAACAAUCAUUUUGUUUUAUAUAUUAUUAAUCAUCAUAAAACAUUUAUCAUCAUCAAUUUAAAUGACAAUACUUAAUAUUAUUUUGUGUCAUCAAAUGUGAAACAAAGAUUUUAUUUUGACUUGGUAUUAAUCAUGGAAUUUAUUAUCAUGUGAAUUUAGCUGCAUUGAAAUUUAAUGAUUAUUUCUAUUGUUAUCGUUUUAAUAUAAACAAAGACUGACUGAUAUUUUUUUAAAUUUUUUUUAUCAUUUAGCCUUUUUUUUUUUUAGUCUUUUAUAUUGUGGUUUUUUUUUUUAUCAAAUUAAAAUUCGAAAAUUAAAUCAAGGAUGAACGACAGGAUGAGAUAAAUUGAAUGAAGAUUAAAUGAAAAUUCGAACAUUCUGCUCAAUUGGAGUUCAAUUGAAACUCAGAACAAUCCUCGCAAAUGAUACGCAAAGAGAGAAUUGUAAGGGGAUGAAGAUGACACGCUUGAGGGACCAAUAGACCCGAUUAAAAAGUUAAGAGGAAAAUAAAAAAAAUAAAAUAAUAAUAAAUAAGGGACGUCAAAAGAGUUUUCCAGUCCGAGGGAGCACAACGUGAUUGAGGUAGUAAACUGAGGAGAAAAUAAAAAAAAUAAACGAGUUAAAAAAUAAAAUAAAUUGAGGAGGAAGAGUGCCCGUUCAUACAUGGAACAUUGGCCAGACUCAGCACCCUCUGUCAACGCCCCCAAUGUCACUGACAUUUUAUCUCAACAAUAAAUAAAUAAAUAAUAAUAACAAUUAAAUAUAAUAUUAAAAAUAAUAACAUAAUUGUUAUUAUUUAUAUAAAAUAAUAAAAUGUCAAUGACUGGAAGCUUGAUGGGUUAUGAAAAUAAUAAUGAAAUAAAUCAAAUAAAGUGUAAAAAAUCAUUAAAAACAUUACCAAUUGUAACGACAAAUAUUGGUGGUAAUGGUGGUGUUUGUGGUACAAGUGUUGGAGCAUUAAAUUCAUCACCAAUAAAUUCAUCAACAGCCACAAAUAUAAAUUGUAAAAUUAAAUAUAAAAAUGAUAAUAAUAAUAGAAAAAAUAAAAAACAAAAAGAAUCAUGUAAUCGUGGUCAUGCAAAUGGUUUAUGGUCUGUGUGGUAUGGAAUACUUGCUGUUUGUCUUCAAGCAUAUGUAGCAACCAGAUGUGCCAAAAGAUUUGUCGCAUAUUUGUCAUUGCCAUGGACAACAGAAGUUCAACCACCAAAAUUUGAAUUACAUGCAUGUAUUGUGUUAACGGGUACUGGUGUAUUACUCUUGCCAAUAUUAUUAGCAGCUGCAUUUUUAAAACUUGGAAAUUUGGCAAAUGAUGGUAUUAAACUUGGAAGAGAUUCUAAUAAUUGUUCACGUGAUUCAACAUCAACUAUUCUUGCAAAUGGUCAUGAAAAUUCUGGCUUGGCAAGUAAUUUAUGGAAACAUGGAGGUCCAACAGCGGCUUUUGUACAUCUAUGUACAGCCAUGUGCUUUCUUUUGCCCUCUUUACUCAUGGAGGCGAGGCUUAUUCGCGCUGGAUUUUUGCCAAAAGAUGCAAUUUGGCAGACUGAUCUUGAUUUCAUUGUUCAACAUCGUGAUAGACUUGUGUUUGUUGAUUUUUUAAAUCCACAAGGGAAUUUGAGUACUUUAAAAUCUAUAAGUCAAUCAUAUGGUACAUCAUCAUCACCACCGAUUGAACAAUUUGAAGAUAAUUAUCACAAUUCUGAUGGACUGAAUUUUGAUGAUUUCGAAUCACUAUCCCACGAGACAAGUAAUACAAUUAUUUCAACAACUGAAAAAUCAAUAACUCCAACAGUAAUACAUAAUAAAAAUGAACAAAUAUCAAAUAUUGAUUCUACAACACCGACAAAAUUUCCUGAUACAAUUUCGACAUCGAAAAUUAAAACUGUCACAAGUACAUCAACUUCAUCAUCAUCAAGUCCAACCAAACGAAUAAAUGCAAAUAGUAAAAAUAUUCAAAAUAGAAAUAGCCGGGGUAAAUUAAAAGCUAAAAAAUACGGUCAACGAGUUGCAACAACUGCUGAAUCACAACGUAAUAAUAACAACAAUAAUAAUAAUAAUAUGACUGGACACACCUUGGCACUUUCAAUGAACAGUCUGUCAGAUCUUGAUCACCCAGAGCAGCUGAAUCUUGAAAUUACAGAUGAUGAUUCAUAUGAUUAUUCAGGACAAACUGCAAUAAGUCUUGAAUAUUUAAAUUAUGCAAUGGCACUUGGUGUUUAUUCAGUUAGAUAUCCAGCAGUAUUUUGGUCAUGUAAUAAAGUACUUGGUACAAUAUUUAGCAUACAACUUGUUAUAAAUUCAGUACAAAGUUUAAUUGCAUAUUCAGGAAUGUCAAUACUUUAUAAAAUUCAAGUUGUUGGACCACACAAAGUAUUACAAUUAAUGCGACAAAGAAGAAUUUAUCCAACGUCAAUGGAUAUAACAACAAACAUACAACGAAUAAUAACAAAUUUAUUUGGUGAUAAUAGUCAUCUUAUAUUAAAUCCUCAUGUUACACUUGCAUUAUUUGUGCUAUCAACAGUACUUGUAUUAUGCUCAAGUAUGGUCACCUAUUUAUAUGCAUAUGGAAGAUUUGCAUCAUUUUUAGAACAAGAAAAAGAAAGAAAUAUUAUAAUGGCAAAAGAAAGAAAAAUAAAUAGAUCUGGCUGGACAUAUUUUACACAUUGUGCAGCUCUAUGUGUUUUUUUAGCAAUAGCAAUAUGUAAUGCACCUUUACUUUAUGAUUACACUGUUGUAUAUCGUGGUAGUCUUGAUGGUGCAAUAUUAUUUUGUAUAAUAAGUACAGUAUUACAUUUAUUUAUUUGGCUUAUAUUAUGGUUUUUUUUAACAAUAAAACGUAAUUGGAUAUUUAAAGUACGUGUUAUAAUAUCAACAACAACUUUACACUCAGCAAGAACAGUUAAACUUGUUACAGAUGUUGAUUUACUUGCUUGUAAAAAAAGAAAUAAUAAUAAUAGUCAUAAAAAUAAUAAUAGAAAUAACAACAACAACAAUAAUAAUAACGAUGAUGAUGGUGAUAAUAUUAAUGAAAGUAGAACUGAUAAUGAUGAUGAUGAUGAUAUAUUUGAUAUUGAUAAUGAGGAUUGUACAAGUGCACCAUUACUUGUUGUUGGUGAUGGAAAAACUUAUAGCAUUGCUGAGGCUUUACCAAAAAAAGCCAUUAUGAAUGUUAUUCAUCGAGCUGUUAUGGAAAAAAAAUCACGACAAAAUCAAGAUGGUAGUGUAAAUCGUACUGAAAUUGAUUCAAAUGUAACUGAUGAUGAACAAAUAUACUGGUUACGUCCAAAAUUACGACCAUCACCAGCUCAAUCACCAAGUGGUAAUGGAUCAUCAUCAACAAUUGAUAAAAGUUGGCUGAAUAAAAAACUACGUCAAAAAGUGACAUUUAACGACCUGCCUAGUACGUCUAAUACGCGCAAUAAGGGAAAAAGAAGAGGUACUACCGAGGGUGGUGGACCAGAGGACGAUGGUGAUUAUGCCACAUUACGUGAAUUACCAUUAAUGACUGUUAUUGAUACUGUGGAUGAUUCUACAUCAGAAGAAAAUAAGUGGAGUAGAUGGCUGUUACCCCGUAGGAAUCAAGUACCUAAAAGUUUGAAUCUAUUGGAGUGCGUGAAUGAUGAUCAGGUGACAUAUUAUGCAAGUGGCAAUCAUGAUCUACAACCUUCUGAGGGUGAUCCAUCUCCAUUACUAACACCUGAACCUUUGCCUGAUCCUAUUGUCAACGAAUUAACAGCUUUAAAUACAUCAAAUUUACCUCCACCUAUUGUUGAUGAUGACAUAACACCUGGUUCUUUUGGUACUACUGUUAUUUCUACUACUUCUACUACUACUUGUGCUAUUAAUAGUGCUACUAUUAUUACUGCUACUGCUGUUGCUACAGCUACAGUUACUACUACUUCUGCUAAUAAUGCUACAGCUACUUCCAAUUUAUUUCUUCCACAACAGCCAACAGGUAAUACACCACGUUGUCUGAGACGAGGUGAUUCGGGUAUGCCUCAUGAUGAAUUAACACCCCGAUCAGAUUCUUCCAAUUCUGAAACAAUUGUUGGUGUAUGUCCAAUGACAAUUGUAUCUGGAAUAAAUUAUUGUGAUGCAGGAUCAUCAUCAACUGGUAAUAGUAAUAGUAAUAGUAAUACAAGUAGUAAUAGUGAAACAUCAAGUGGUGUACAUUCAAAUAUAAGUAAUGUUAGUCAAAUAAGUACAGUAUCAAAACAUAGACGUGCAACAAGUGUUGAUGAUAUAGCUGUUGUUACAAAUAUUAAUGAAAUUGAUUAUAUUAAUAAUAAAGAUAAUAAUCAUUGGCGUAGUUGUUCAUUACAACGUGGUAGUCAACCACCAAAUAUAAAUAAUAUUGAUUUUGUAACAAGUGUUGCACCAAGUGGUUUAAUAACAUCAAAAACAUUAAAUAGUCAAUAUGCUGUACGUAUUAAAAAUAAUGAUAAUUUAAAAAAUCAACAAAGUGGAUGUCCAGCUGUUAUACUUGAAAAUGCAAAUGAAGCAACAGUUGUUAUAAGAAGAAAAUUAUCAAGACCAAAACCAAUUGAGACAAAUAAUCCAAAUGAAUUUGAGCCAUUUUCACGUUCAACAAAUAUGAGAAUGACAUCAUUUACUGAAAAUAGUGAUUUACGUGGUAUUAGUGGUAUACAUUCAUCAUCAGCAACAUUGCCACAUUAUCCAACACAACCAGUUAUUCCAACUUAUCCACAUUGUUCAACAAUGCCAUUACCACAUGGUGGACACAGUGGUGCAGUUGGUGGUGGUACUAAUACAAAUGUUAAUAGCUCAACAAAUAUAACAACAAAUUCUGUAUUAAAUGGACCAACAAAUUCUCUCAGUUGUGGAUCAGUAUUACAGCAACAACAACAACAACAAUAUCCAACAAGUAUACAACAACAAAAUGGACAUACUAUUGUUCAACCAAUAAAUCAUACAACAUUACCAUCACAUCAUAAUGGCAUGAGAAUUAUUCAUUCAACAAUUAAUAAUAAUUAUGUAAAACGUUAUCCACAAAAUAAUAAUUCUUCAAUUAAUACUGUACAUUUACAAGCACAGCAACAACAAAAUUGGUCACUAUCAACUGGUCAUCAUACAUUUCCACAAUUAUUACAAAAUAAAAUAUUUUCUGUUCCAAGUGGUGGUGGACGACAUACUGAUCGUGAUUCUGCUAAUUUUUCAAUGGCAAGUAGUGGUGAUUCUGAUAUUUGUAUUCAACAUCAUUGAAAUAAUAUUGUAUUUCGAUUUCGAUUUUAACACUGCUUUACAUCAACGUGUGCAAUAUAAAUAUAUAUUUUUUUUUUCUUUUAAAAUAUAUAACAAAGUAAUAAUCUCAAUGACACAUAAAAUGAAACAAAAGUAUUUAAAUAAUAAUUAUAAUAAAGAAAGGAAUAUUAAAAUUAAUUUACAUUUUUUAUUCAUGUAAGCUCUGAUAAUUUUUACAUAUCAAGAGACAAAUAUGUCGAGAGCAAUAUUCAACUGGUGAGUUUUUUUUUUUUUGAAAAAAACAGAGAUUUGUUGGAGACUUAUCCUCCUCUGUGUUAAUGUAGCAUUUAAUAAUUAUAGUUAAAAUAAAAAAUAAAAAAUAUGUGGAAAAUUGAGUGAAAGAUAAAAUGAGAAAAAAAACAUAUUUGAAAGUGUUAAAGUGUAGAGAAAGGGUGAAAUUUAAACUCGACUAUUAACUCGUAUUACCAUGGGCACAGUUGACUGUCAUCUUGACAUUAUAAAAUUAAUAUUCAUAAUAUUAUUACUUAUUGAAAAAAAAAGAAAAGAAAAACAUACAAAAAAAUUUAUAUAUAUUUAUUUAGGGAAUGUGUAUUCAAAAAAUUUUUGAUAAUGUUUUUUAGCUGAUUUUUUAUUAUGAAAAUAACGAUAAUAAUUUAUACUCGAUUAGUUUUUAUUAUUUCAAGUGACCUAUUAAUAUAAAAUUAAGGAUUUGUGCACAUUAAAAAUGAUAAAAUUAUCUUUUUUAUAAAAAUAGAUUCAAAUAGCACAGACAAAAAGAAAUAAUAUAUUUUUCAAGGUAAAAUGUUUUUUUUUAUUUUUUUUUUUUUUACCAAAGAAAACAAAGUAAUUAGAAGAAAAAAAUAAUGGCCAAUAAUUCAGCAAGACACAUAUCGUCUUACCUCGUGAAAAUUUAAACAUGAAAAUAAUAAAUACAAAUAAUUGACGAAUUUAAAAAUGAUAAUAAAAAAAAUUUAACAAUAAUCAAAUCGUAGAAA